CCAUGCUCAAAUACGUAUGUUCUUGAGAAAGGACCCUCAAAGGAUUAAACUAAUCAAGCUGAUUUAUUCACAGGCCGUCGUCGUCCUCGCACUCGUUGCCUGUGCUGCUGCCAAGCCUGGACUCCUGGGUGCGCCAUUGGCCUACACUGCUCCCCUGGCCUACUCUGCUCCCCUGGCUUACACUGCUCCUGCUGCCGUGGUAGCUGCUCCCGCUCCAGUUGUGACCGCCACCAGCAGCCAGGUGAUCGCCAGGAACUUCAAUGGAAUCGCCGCCGCUCCUGUCAUUGCUCCUGUGGCUGCUGCAGUGGUGUCCAAGUACGCUGCUGCUCCCCUGGCAGCUCCGUUGGCUGCUCCUUUGGCCUAUUCUUCUCCGUUGGCCUAUUCCGCUCCUCUAGCUUACAAUUCUCCACUGGCAUAUAAAGCGCUUCCGGCUGCCGCUCCAGUUCUCUUAUAA